GGUGUGGAUCUCCAGCUCACCCCUACCUGAAGACUUACUACAUUUCAUUCCAUGGCCAAGCAAAGCGGCGAGGACACAGCAGCGCCAAGGAUGAGCACAGAGCUGCAGCCCAGGACCAAACUGUGUGACAGUGACUGCCUUGCACCUCGGGGAGGGCAGGACGUGGUGGUGGCAGCGUAGAUGCGGACGGCUCUGCCCAGCUCCUACCGAAGGCUCCUGCCUGUGGGCUUGGAGCCUCAGAGCCAUAAAAAGGCAUCCACAUGCUGUGUUCGGACAGCCCUCAGCAUCUACCUGCUGCUGCUGACGGCCGGCCAGGGGCUGCUGAUGUACAAAGUAUUUAAGAUGCAGAGAGAGAUAUUGAAACUUCAAGAGCAAAAUGCCUCCUAUACAGAAGAGAUUCUGAAGAGCUCCUUUGGCAACAAUCUGGCUUUGGCAAGAAGCUCUACUGAGAAGAGCUUUCUCAUGAGACAUGAAGAAAACUGGAGGAGAAGCUUAGAAGAGCAAAUCACCAUAAUUAAAAGUAACAAUGCAAACUUGAUGAUGAGGAUGAACAACAUCACCGUGGUUGCAGGGCCUCCUGGACGCAAAGGAGAUCCUGGUCCACCAGGGUUACAGGGACCACCAGGGACAAAGGGAGACCAAGGCAUACAUGGACCCCAGGGUGAGAAGGGGAGCAAAGGAGCUCCUGGUCCUACUGGCCCAAGUGGUGAUCCAGGAGUGAAAGGAGAAAAAGGAGAGAUAGGGCUUGCAGGUCCCCAAGGACAGAAAGGUGACAUGGGCAAGAAGGGAGACCCUGGGCCCCAGGGACCUGUGGGUCCUCAGGGACAGCAUGGAGUCCCAGGACUGCCAGCUCACGAUGGUAGCCCAGGGAAGCCUGGACCUCCUGGGCCGAAAGGAGAGGAAGGUGCAGCUGGACAACGUGGACCUCCUGGAAGUCCUGGCCUCGAUGGCAGACCUGGUCAGAAAGGGGAGAAGGGGGACGAGGGCCCCAGAGGUAGCCCAGGAAUACAAGGCAUUGCUGGACUCAAAGGUGAUCAGGGAGAACAAGGAAUAGCAGGACCUCCAGGGCAAAAGGGAGCAAAGGGAGACCAGGGCCCACCAGGUACCCCAGGCCCAGUUGGUCAAAAAGGAAGCAAGGGUGAUUACGGCACUAAGGGUCUGAAAGGAGAACCAGGACUGAAAGGAGCCAAGGGAGAGAGCGGAUAUCCUGGUUCCCAAGGAGUAAAAGGGAGCAAAGGUGAAAAAGGAGAAGUUGGCCUCAGUAAUUUUGUACGACUCGUGGGAGGAGACAGAAGGGGCCGUGUGGAAAUCUUCCACAAAGGGUCCUGGGGAACAAUAUGUGACGAUGGCUGGACCAUCCGAGAGGCCGGCGUAGUCUGCCGAAUGCUGGGAUUCAACCGUGCAGUCUCUUACUUCACAGCCUCAGCAGGCACCGGACAAAUUUGGCUCGAUGACGUAAAUUGCAAGGGGGGUGAAAUUACAAUUACGGACUGUAGCAAGCGUGACUGGGGUGCACACAACUGCAACCACAACGAGGAUGUUGGGGUGGAGUGCACUUGAUGGGACACCAAGUCUGUCCUGGGAGCUGCUGCUGCCUCUGCUCUCCGUGGAGCUUUUCAUCAGGCUGUGCUUUUGUGCCUCUCUACCAGGUCAUAAAAAUAUUGACAAAGAAAGUUGAAUUUUUCACAAAUCAGUAACAGUUGCAAGACCUACAGGUAACCUGAAACAUCCCAGCUGUCACAAAACAAUUGGAGCUCAGGCAUGUGAGCCAGUUCACAGCUUUUCCAGCUACCUGACAUCAGCUCAUCUGCAGGAGCUCACAUGUGUGUGACCUCUAAGUCCACAGGGGAGGUGAUGGUCCACAUUAGCUUAGUGCAGUAAGGAUCAGUGUGCAGAAACCUGCACUUACUGCAGCUGAGCUGGCUAGUCCAUCUUCAUCACAGUACAGUUGUGAACCUGAGCUUAAAACCCCCAGGGAAGUGCAUACACCCAAAACAGCAGAUGCUCAGAAAUCAUCAGAUGAUCACUCUGGCAUGCAAAUAUAAAUAUUCUUCAGAAAGUAUGCUGAUCACACAUUAAAGUGCAAAAAUAAGUGCCUGGGAUCUAGGUGCCAUACUAUCCUGGUUUAGCAUAGCGCUUUGUUUUGACCUUAGCUAAGUCCCUUGCCUUCUCUGUCAGCAUUUUCUAACCUGUCUCCAGGAGCAAUACCCCUUACUUAUCUGGUGUAUAAAGCUAAGCUUUUCAUACCUUUUGAAAUUAAAUGCUCCAGUAAAGCAAAAUCAUGACAAAUAAAAAAUGUAGCAAAGCAUGAA